AUGAGAUCAAACUUAAGGAAUAAGACGCAAGAUAAUAAUAGUAAUAGUAGUAGUAAUAGUGAUGGUGGUAAUAGUAAUAGUAGCUGCAAACUAAAGAAGCUAGAAGUGACACCAAUAGAAGAAACAAGGCAAGAUACAGAUGUAUCAUCAACUACUACAAUACACUCUCCAAAUGUGACAGAGAAUAUUGUUUCAAAUGAUUCCAUAAAUACAAAUAUUGAUAGUAAUUUGAUUGUAAAGGCAAGUGCAGAUGGUAAAAUUGAAGAUAUAAUUUCCCCUGUUGCUAUUACAGAUAAGAAACCAUUUCAAAAGGAUUUACCAGAAGACAAGAAUAAAACACCUUCUUCUUCAACUUCUUCCGUGAUUUCUUCCUCCUUCAAAGGGUCAGAAUCAGAGCGAUUAAAUAAAGAUAGAUUAAGUGGUAGUAGUGGUAGUAGUGGUAGUAGUAGUAGUAGUAGUAGUAGUAGUAGCUCAGUACAAAAUCUAAUAACAAACAAAAUGAAUCAAACUUCUUUAAAGAGAAAACAGAUUCCACCACCAUUAGGUAUACAACCAGGCAACAAAAUACAAAAUAAAAAUCAACAUCAACACCAACACCAACAAAAUUUACAGAAUCGAAUUCAAGAUAAAUAUAGGGGCAUAGAUGUAAAUCAGAAUUUGAAGAAACCAAGAGUUCGAUAUUUAGGUAAAGUACCAUUAACUAAAAAAUAUUCAAGAUUUUCCACAAUACCAUAUUUACGAAAUAAAAUGAAGAAUCAUAAUGCAUAUUCAUUGUAUCCCUCACAAAAGUUACAGAAUGGGACUAACCCUCUACAGACUUCAGCACAGUCGCCAUUGCUGCAACAACAACAACAAUGUUUGUUUCCCACUUUUUCUACUCAUAUGGUAUACCCAACGAGUGCUAUUCAACCAUCACAAUUGCCUAAUUUCUUCUCAUCUCUAUCUCCUUCCCCCGUUCCAGCACCUUUUACAGCACCUUUUUCGACAUCUAAUACACCAUAUAUGGCAUCUAUAUCGCCUUGUCAUCCUUAUUCUUAUUACUAUCAAAACUACUAUCGGAACAUCCACCCAAAUUCCAAUGCACCAAUAAAUCCAGAUAUGAUAGAUCCAACAUUGUUCUUAAAUUCAGUCCCGCCAUAUCUACAAUAUGAUGACAUUAUGAAACAUCAUCAUUAUAAUGAUGGCGAUGAUAAUGAGAAAUAUAGUAAUAAUAAUGAGGAUAUUGGACAAGCAACGGAAUCAGAAUAUUCAUUAGGGUUGAAAGCUGGUAAUACUUCUUCAGAGUUUGAGACAAAGAUGGGUAAAAAUGGCCUCGAUGAUAAUAAAAUAAGAUAUAAUAGCGUUCAAAAGGACGAAAAGGAUGAUGAUGGCGAUGAUAGUGAUGACAAUAAUAAUAUUGAAGAGUCUGAUUUAGCUAUUGAAGAAGGGGCAGUUCCAACACCUAUUUUUACUAAGUUUCAACAUGACACAGCAUCAGUGGAAAACAGAAAUAGUGUUAUUAACAAUAACAGUGUAAUUUUUGGAGAAAUUAAAAUACUGGAUAAUCAAUAUUCCUUUGAAUAUUUACAAAGAAGUAAUAGAGAUGUAAACAAGAAAAUAUUCAUGAGUAUCUGUAACCAGAUAUGGAAUGAGUGUCACAGAUAA